UCGACAUCAGUAGAUGGCGUGCGGACGCGGAAACUGCGGAAAAACGAACUAGAGGUUUCUCUUCUCACGGGAGUACGAAUUGGUUCGUUAAUACGCUCUCCGCGAUUGGUAACAUCUUAUUUUCAAAUUAGUAUUCAUCUUCGAGGACCUUCGCAAUGUUUCGAAGUGCCGCGUCAGUGAUAUGUACCCACAGCUGUCGAAUGAAAUUGCUGAAACUUGUGAGGUUGACCUCUACCUCAUCAGGUGCUGAUUCAAGGAGAGGAAGAAAUAGGAGCUUUAAGAAAAUGGAAUCCAAUUCAUUCUUAAUGAACAUCUUUAAGGGUGAAGCCAACAUGGAACAGAUGUUCCCUUUUCCUGAUGUGCUGACAGAUGACCAGCUCGAGACAUUGAGAAUGGUUCUUGGCCCCGUUUAUAAAUUUCUGACUGAAGUAAAUGACGCAAAGCAGAACGACAUGGAAGAGAAAUUCUCCGACGCGACGAUAGAAGGGUUGAAGGAGCUCGGUGCGUACGGCAUGCAGGUGCCUCCGGAAAUGGGAGGUAUUGGAGCCAACAACUGUCAAACUGCACGUCUCAGUGAAACCAUUGGUGAAUUUGACAUUGGGCUCGGAAUAGCGCUGGGUGCUCACCAGUCAAUAGGCUUCAAGGGUAUCCUACUGUUUGGAAACGAGAAACAGAAGAGGAAAUAUUUACCUUCCCUGGCUGCUGGCGACAAACUUGCAGCCUACUGUCUCACGGAACCCACUAGCGGUUCAGAUGCCAUGUCUAUUAAAACCCGCGCCGUUCCCUCGCCUGAUGGGAAGCACUUCAUCCUUAACGGUGGCAAAAUUUGGAUCAGUAAUGGUGGAAUUGCAGAUAUCUUCACUGUUUUUGCACAGACACCCGUCAAGACAGAUUCCGGAGAGGUGAAAGACAGAAUCACAGCAUUUAUUGUGGAGAGAAGUUUCAAGGGCGUGAGUUCGGGUCCGGCGGAAAAGAAAAUGGGCAUCCGAGCAUCCAACACGGCAACGGUCAACUUUGACGACGUUCAAGUACCCGUCGAAAAUGUCUUGGGAGAAGUUGGCGAGGGCUUCAAGGUUGCUAUGCACAUCUUAAACAAUGGCAGGUUCGGCAUGGCGGCGCUCUUGUGUGGCACGAUGCGCUCCUGCAUAGCACGAGCAACAGAACAUGCGACAAUGAGGUCUCAGUUUGGUAACAAGCUGGCCACAUACGGAAGUAUCCAGGAGAAGAUAGCGCGUAUGGCGAUGGCGUUGUACGUGUCUGAAUCCAUGACGUACAUGCUGUCCGGCAACAUGGAUCGAGGCUUCACGGACUACCACCUGGAGGCUGCGUGUACAAAAAUAACAGCCUCCGAAAGUGCCUGGUUUACGGCCGACGAGACGAUCCAAAUACACGGUGGCAUCGGAUUCAUGAGGGAGGCGGGCCUCGAACGAGUUAUGAGGGACCUGCGUAUCUUCCGCAUUUUUGAGGGCGCAAACGACAUCCUACGCCUAUUUAUUGCACUCCAGGGACUACAGUUUGCUGGAGGUCACCUGAAAGACCUGCAGAGGGCCAUGAGAAACCCCACUGCCCAUCUCGGAUUGAUUCUCGACUACGGAUCUAAACGUGUGUGGCGUGCAGUGGGAUUGAGUACCGUGGGCUCCCUCUGCGAAUAUGUGCCUGGUCGACUUGCAACCCCAGCUGCUCUGGCAUCAAGGAGCAUUGAAAUGUUUGGUGCUUCUGCAGAGAGCCUACUAAUGAAAUAUGGCAAGAAUAUUAUUAAUGAACAGUUUCUACUGACCCGGUUGGCAAACAGUGCCAUUGACAUCUACGCCAUGAUCGUGGUCUUGUCUCGGGCAACACGUGCCAUUCAGAAGGAAUAUGCCACUGCAAAUCACGAGGCACUCCUGGUUGAUGUCAUAUGCAGUGAGGCAUCGGAACGAGUGCAGAACAACUUGGGAUCCCUUCACUCAGGAGAGAAGCUCUCGAACUUCGACAAAAUGCAAGCAGUUGCCAAAGAAAUGUGUGACACAGGUGGCCCUGUUCCGCACAACCCUCUGAACGUUUAGUGCUGUCUGGGCUGCGACAAUUAAAACUGUUCAAGGCCAGACAGAUGAACAGUUUGUGCCUUGUUGUGUUUGGAACUCAACAAUGUUUCAAAGAAAUUACACCUGGAUGACAGUGGAAGUAUACAGGACUACCUGGCAGCGGAAAUCCUUCCUCAAAGGGGCCGGUAAAUGUCGUUGGAUUAAAACAAGCCCAUAUCUACGUCACACGUGCAUCGUAUAUUUAUAUCAAAUCAAAUCGUCUCUGACGUGCAUAGUGAACCCUCGAUUAAUGAGUCAAAGUAUUUGUGUAGAAAAGUGGUGGUAAAUUUGUUAAUUGACCAAUUGCAUUCUCACUGUUCUCAAGUGACGUGUGUCUAGUACAAAACCUUCAGUGUGGAAGCUAUUUUGUACUUAAAUGCGUAUAGUACGAUUAUUGUGCGUCUUGUGAACCAUAGAUCCUAUGGUGGUGUGCAAACUGCCGUUCCCCAAGCUUGGGAUAUUGUUAACAAUGCAAUUUUUGUUUAUGAUAUUACUGGUAUAGCCCUUGUGACUAAUGUCCCUAAUUUUAUUUACCUUAUUGUUGGUCAUGCAUAUGCAAUUUUUGUGGAAUACUUAUACUUCAGAAUUUUAUUUUUACCGAAACACUAUUUAGCAUCAUGUUGCAUACAUCAUUUCGUGUAUAAAGGACUGUGUUACAUGGUUUGUGUGUGACAGUAAGCUAGAGUGAUAUGGAGAAAAUAUAUUUUAUAUUCACCAA